AUGACAAUCCAAACCACCGACGUUACUGUUCCCCUCCUAAUAAAUGGCCACGAAGAAACAACCCCCAAAACCUUCCCCGUAACAAGUCCUUACACCAAUACAACCAUCUGGGCCGCCUCCGCCGCAACACCCCAAGAUGCAAUCCGCGCCGUCGAAGCUGCCGACGCCGCCUUCCCCUCAUGGUCACAGACAAAACCAACCGUGAGACGCGAUAUCCUCUUCAAAGCUGCUGAUAUCCUCGAGGCUCGUCUCGAGACCAAUGCCGAGUACAUGCGUCAAGAAAUGGGCGCGGACAUCGGCGCCUCUGCGGGGUUCGUCGUCCCGCUUGCGGUGCGCAUGUUGCGCGAGGUUGCGAGCCGUACUACAUCCAUCUGCGGCAGUGUACCUGUCGUUGAGGCGGAGGGGCAGAGUGCGAUGAUUUUCAAGGAGGCUAUGGGUGUUAUCUUGGGAAUUGUGCCGUGGAACGCUCCCUACGUCUUCGGCAUCCGCUCCGCAGCCUGUGCACUCGCGGCUGGAAACACAACAGUCCUGAAAUCCUCCGAACUAACUCCCCGCUGCUACUGGGCCAUCGGCCGCGCCUUCGAAGAUGCCGGUCUCCCCGCAGGUUGUCUGAAUAUCAUUCACUGCGCCCCGCAGGAUGCCCCCGAGGUCGUCAAUGCCAUGAUUGAGCACGAAGCCGUGCGCAAAAUCAAUUUCACCGGUAGCACAGCUGUUGGUCGGAAGAUUGCACGCACCUGCGGUCAGAACCUUAAGCCUUGUCUUAUGGAGCUAGGCGGGAAGAAUAGCUCGAUUGUGUGUCAGGAUGCCGAUUUGCAGACUGCCGUGCAGGGAGUAUUGGCGGGGGCAUUUUUGAAUUCCGGCCAGAUUUGCAUGGCAACCGACCGAAUCCUCGUCCACACUUCCAUCCUCCCCGCCUUCACAGAGGCUCUACAAAAGGCCCUCGCAGCCGGCGCAGCAGCCUCAGCCCUGCCACCAACACUAGUCAACACAGCCUCCAAAACCCGUGUCGAGGCCCUCAUCGCCAACGCCGUCUCAGCAGGCGCGCACUUCAUCUCCGGGUCUGCGGACAGCGUCCCUACAGACUCGGGGGUGCGGAUGGCGCCCGCCGUUCUGGGCGGAGUGAAGGAAGACAUGGCGCUGUGGCAAGAAGAGUCUUUCGCGUCUGUUGCGGCAUGUAUGCCCUUCGACAGCGAGGACGAGGCGAUCCGUCUUGCGAAUGGGAGUGGGUAUGGACUUUCGGCGUCUGUCUUCACGGAGGAUCUGCGGAGGGGCUUGGCGAUGGCUCGACGUAUUCAAUCUGGGGCGGUUCAUAUUAACAGUAUGACGAUCCAUGAUGAGCCGGCUCUUCCUCAUGGCGGUGUGAAGAAUAGUGGCUGGGGGAGGUUCAAUACUGAUGAGGGAUUGAAUGAGUUUUUGGUUACGAAGAGUGUGACCUGGAUGGAUUAA